ACGCCCUGCGCUCCCCAAAAUCGCGUCCAUUAGAUAUUCUCCACCCCAAAUUUCCCCCUUUCCGCCCUCUCUAGUCUCAGUCUGGUCUCUCUCCUCACAUCCUCUCUCUCCCCGACCUCAUCAAAAGGGGUCGGAAUAUCACACUGCCGGCGACUCCAAAUCUCUAAACCCCAGACCCCCCAACUCCCUUCGAUGCUUCAAACUUCAGUACUUGAUAUAAUUCGAAAAGAAGGAAAUUUGGACACAAGGGUUGAAGCAUAUGUGCCAUGUUAAACUCAUUGCAAUCCUUGAAAUGGGAAGAAAAUAAAAUAAUGCUUCAUCUUCAAAAAGAAAGAAUGCCCACAUCAAGUAAUGGUAAUUUGGCACGAAAACAACCAUGCCCGUGUGGAGAAGAUGCAUGUGACAUCGACAUUGAAGGAAAUGAAGAGCAUCACACCCCAACACAAGCUUCUGUGAAUUCAGAACCAAACUUUGUACUUAACAGAACCCCACCCUCUGUAGACAGUUCCUUAGUUGUUCCUCCUCCCUAUGUAGGCCAAUCCUUUCAAAGUGAUGAUGAAGCCUUAGAGUAUUACGCCACUUUUGCUCGCAACAAUGGCUUCUCUGUCAGAAGAGAGCGCUCCAAGGGAAACCCUGAACACCCGAUGGGAGUCUAUAAACGAGAGCUUGUGUGUCAUCGUGCUGGCCCUCCUCUCCCAAGGAAGACAGAGGACGUGAAGCGCCAGAGAAAUAGAAAGGCAUCUCGGUGCAAAUGUGAGGCCCAAAUGGUGAUUAAGAAGAACGUUACAUCGGGUGUUGCUCGAUGGUCGGUUGUAAAUUUCAAUAAUGUACAUAACCAUGAGUUGAUGGACAGUAAUGAUGUUCGAUAUCCACCUUCUUAUAAAAAUAUAUCGGGUGUUGAUCGUGAUAGGAUCCUAGCUCUAGCAAAGAAUGGAUGCUCGGAGAGCGUUAUAAUGAGAGCUCUUGAGAUGGAGAAGGGAGUGAGACAAGGGCAGUUAGCAUUCACUGAGAGAGAUAUGAGGAAUUUUCUUCAGGCAUCUAAGAGCAUUAAUCGAGAAGGUGAAGGAUCUGAGCUGCUUAAGGUUUGCAGGUCAGUGAAGGAAAAGAAUCCAGAUUUUCGUUAUGAGUAUACUUUGGAUGAGAAUAAUAAGCUUGAGCAUGUUGCUUGGUCCUAUGUUACGUCUAUUCGCGCGUUUAAGAUGUUUGGAGAUGUCGUGGUUUUCGACACAUCGUAUCAUCUGAAUGCUUAUGAUAGACCAGUUGCGGCAUGGCUCGGUAUUGAUAAUCAUGGGCAUACCAUAUUCUUUGGUUGUGUUAUCUUGCUAGAUGAAAAGCCAGAAUCAAUAUCAUGGGCCAUUCAGGCAUUUGUCCGUCUUAUGGAUGGAAAUACCCCACAAACAAUACUGACCGAUAUAGAUAUGAGGCUUAAAGAUGCUAUCUUCAACGAGUUGCCAAACACAAAGCAUGCAUAUCCAAUGGUGCAUCUUAUGUCCAAGUUGCCAAGCUGGUUUUCUACCCCGCUUGAUUCUCAAUAUGACAGAUUCAAGUUGGCAUUUGAGAAAUUAUAUGAGUUUGAGUCCGUAGAGGAGUUCGAGCAUGGAUGGGUGGAGAUAGUCAAUGAGUUUGCCCUUGGCUUCGAUAGGCAUAUAAAUCUACUCUAUUCACUUCGUAACUGUUGGGCUUUACCGUACUUGCAAGGUUGGUUUUUUGGAGGACUGUUGACAAAUGGUCAUUCCAUCUCAUUUAAAUCUUUCUUCAAAGGAUUCUUGGAUUCGCAAACACGACUUAAAGAUUUCGUGGAACAGGUGGGUGUUGCGGUUGAUUUCCAAAAUCAAGCAGAAGAAGAAGCAACAACACGACAAAACCAAAAAGAUAUCGUGAUGAAAACAUUCAUGCCCAUCGAAGAGCAUGCGUCAACUAUCCUCACCCACUAUGCUUUCGAGAUGUUUCAGAAAGAAAUCAUGGCGUCAACAGAAUUAGCAGUUUACGAAACAACUGCGCCUCAGAAUUACCUCGUUCGCCACUACCUGAAACCAGAAGGAGGGUGUAUUGUUUGCUGUGUUCCGUCAGAUGAAGAACUUCAAUGCAGUUGCAAAGGGUUUGAGUCUUUGGGAAUUCUAUGUAAGCAUACUGUGAGAGUUCUUUCGUUAAAAAAUGGUUUUUUAGUUCCAGAGAGGUACUUAUUGACUCGAUGGAGGCGUGAUAGCUCAUUAUUUCCUAAAAGCAAUGGGCAAAAGUAUCGGUCUCAGGCAUUGCGUUCACUUGCAUCAAUUAUAAUUCAAGAAUCGGCUGUGACUAAAGAUCGGUUUGAUUAUGUGGAGUGGCAUUUGAGCAGACUUUUGAAUCAUGUGAGAGGCAUGCCGAGUGUUGAUGAAGCUGCUGCUUCAGAUUUGGAGGUGAGUUCAUCUUUUGGUGAUCCUGUUGAUAUCGUUACUGCACCUUCAAUUACUAGAGGGAGGCCCAGGAAAGCGAGAGCAGCACUUAAUAAAGUGCCAAAGGAAAUGCAAGGACUAAUUUGAGAAUCCCGUCCUUAAUCAGAUUGCGGAUGCAUAUCUCAUUUUCUUCAAGGGGUUUAUUUAUAGGAUUAAUUGUGUAUAGAAUCCAUGUACUAUCGUUGCAAAUAGACCCUCUGUAUUGUCGCCUAGUUGCAGAUAAACCCCUUCAAUUCUAUUGUUGCA